AUGCCAGUGUCAUUAAUCAUUAUAUGUACAUCGCCGAAAUGCGAAAAAACGUACCGCCUGCUUUGUAUAAAUUUAACACCGGUUACAAUGGAGGGGAAAAAGUGCUCCGGUCCGGGAAAAAAGGCGGCGAUAACACUAACACCAAUGUACGCUCUAUCCCGGAUUCGCAGAAAUUUACGAGGUGCAAAAAAGACUGCUUCCGACUGUCAAACUCCUGAGACGGAAAUAAGAGAAUUGACUGCAGUGAUCGCUCGGUUAACUAGAGAAUUUACGACUCUAUGCUACUACCAUGAAAGUAUGGAUAAGCUAAUGCGAGGCAUGUUAGACAAUAAAGCCGAUUGA